AUGAUGGCCAGUGGAGGCAGGCGUUUGAGAGCAGUGUUCGGUAUAUUGUCAGUCCUUGGGGCCUUAGCUGAUCGUAGGUGCUUAACAGUUUCCCAGAUUUCCUUAGGUGCAGUGAAUUGGUUCGGGCGGGUUUUUAUUGGUUCGAGUUGUUUUAAUGGUUCUGUAAUCUCUUGUAAUUCUACACCUCGGUUUUCGAUGAAUUGAUCUUCCGUUGUGUUUGCAAAGAGUUCAAUUUUAGGGCUAAGGUAAUAGAUUUUUUUUUUCGGAUGGAUUCUUGAGCGGUUGGUUUGCCGGGGCUUUUCGGAGUAGUCUCAUCGAUUUAGUAUGUAAAGCGAACGAUUGUUGAAAUUGAGAAUACUACUUUUGAAAGCCGUUUUAAAUCCCGUUCGGAUUUACGGUGAAGUACAAAAGUACAGGUAUUGUCAAACAAAGAGUAUAACGCGUACACAUGUUAACUAUUUAACCGUAAUAUGACAAAGCUACACUAUCGACCGAACUCUGCUCAGUGCCGUCUUUUCGCUAGCGGCGUUUGACCGUUUGCGUACGCGCAUACAUGCGCGCAUCGGAUUUUCCCGGCCUUAUUAUUAUAAUUGUUAUGACGCGAGUUGUGCACGAGAACGAUAGAUUCGCUAUUCGGCCGCGUUCGGGUGUGAGAUGCGUACCGUCUCGGACGGCGAAUCCGCGGAAAAUUGCGGGAGACGACCACUAUGCCGCGUAUGUGCGCGUAUAGUGUGCGGUACGGAAUAUGCAUACACAUGUGUAAUCGACGUUGUCCCGGAGACGCGGGUGUCGCGACGGCGCGCGAUCGGGAAUCGGAUGCGACGGAUUUCGCCGCGGCAUUACGCUCGGGCUCCGCCGUCGCAUUAUCAUCGACGUUAUUAUCAUUAUUUUUGUGAUUGGCGCGCAUUAUCGCGGACGCGCGCCCGCGAAAACCUCUCGCGCGCUUAAUUGGAUCCGCGGCGCGCGCGACGAGCGAGGAGCGAAGAGGAGAAAAAAGCGCGCGACGGCGGCCGCGGCGGCCGGUCCUCCUGGGAAAUAUUCCGAGCGAUGCCGCGGUCUCGGGUUGCGCGUGUACGGCGGCGCGUGCGCGGACGGGAUGAAAAAUAAAUGAACAAGAGACGUAUAUACAUACAGACGCGAAAUAAUCAACCUUCCUCCCGUCGUCGUAAAAAGCUCUAUCAAAAAAAAAAAAAAAAAAAAACCGAAAAAAUUUCCCGACCGACUAAUUUCUUCCCGGCGUGCGCUGCGAGUUUAUAUGCAUAUAUAUGUAUACACGGUGUUCACCUCUGCCCAACACCACUUCACCCGCAUCAAACCGUUUCUUUUUUUUUUUUUUUAAUUUUAUAUACGUAUACGCAGCGCGCGCAUAUAGGUAUAUAGAGACACCGAUCUCGUCAAACAUCUUGCGUCGGAUAAGGGGAGGGGAACGGUUUUUUUUUUUUUUUAUUUUACAUUAUCCCGUCCUCGGAAUUAAACGAAAUUUGAUCAUUGGAUUCUUUUUCCCUGCGUUUUUUUCGCUCCGACCCCCGGGAAAGGUUAGCCGAUUUCCCGUAAUUUCCAACGCCCGUCGGGCGGCGGUUUUCGGGCUCUACAAAAACGGAACAAUUUUACGUCUCUUUGAUGUGCGUAUGGACACAUUUUCUGAAAGUAAAUCUGACUGGGACGGUACCUUAUGCGGGUCAUUUUACGAUUUCCCCAGCAGUUUUCUAAAUAAUUAGAAAAAAAAAACAGGAAAUUAUGUUUUCGGUUAUUUAUCCUUGUUAUUAUAAAAAUACAAAAUAACAUUUUUCGUAUUAUUCGAUUGAUAAUUUAAAUACUUCAAUAAUUAAUUAUGCAAACUAAUAAUACAAUUCGACUGGCAACAUUCGAACAAGGUAGGGAAAAAAUCGCCUAUAAAUGUGAAUGGAAACGACCAAUAGAACAAACGACAAAGGUAAGUGAUCAGUUGUGUUCAUUUAUUACGAUCGAUAUUUUAAUUUUAUAUACAUACUGAAGUAUCUAAUUGUUUAAAUUUUAGAUAUUUAACUACUGGAUUUCACAUUCGUCUUCAAUGCGAAUACAACAAUACAAAUCAACGUCAGUACCAAUGUAAAACCUUAACAAGGCAAGAGGUAAGACGAGCUCAUCAAAUGUUCUAUGGAGUACCGGAUAAAAUCAAGCAAGACGAAAUAAUUUUGAGGUUCGUUAUUGUAAGUUCUGUACACAGAAAAUUUUCACGUAAGGACUUGUUUAAAAAUCAGGUAGCUAUAAAAUAUGUUAUGCCUAAACUUAAUGGAGAUUAUAGUCGUGCAAAUGUGUUAGUCUGCAAAAAAGCAUUCACAGAUAUUUUUGUUAUUUCUAAAAAAAAGAGUAAAUCCCAUAUGUAAAAAAUAUUUUAUAUCUGGUCAAUCUCCGAAAGAAAACCGAGGUGAAAAUACAGUGGCACUGAAAUAUGAAACUCAAAGAAAAAUGGUGAAGAUAUUUAUAUUAAAACUGAAACCUAUAGUCCCAUUACUGUUAUGAAAAAAAUAUCACUCGGUAGCAUUUGCCCAGUGAAAUGUCAAUUUAUUCUUUGUUUAAAGUAUUUAAUGAUUCUACACCGGAACAAGACGUGAAGUAUGAAUUUUUUGUAAGGAUUUCAACAUAGGAUUCGGGUCUUCGCUUGUCAUCAUCUCCGAAAAAGUUGGUACAGUUAUCCGUGUUCCUUCUCUAGAUAACUUUAAAGACGUACAUGAUUGGAAGUCAUCGUAUCAAAAACACUCUAAAUUGACAUUUUAAACUCGCACUUGUUAAACGAAUAAUAUUGUCAAAAUUCAAAUAAAAUAAUAUUUUAAUAAGUGGAGAGCCAAAUCAUUCUUUAAAUAUUGUUCAGGAAAAAAGCUUAUUGAAACGUGGAAAAUCUAUAAACUCAAUGAAGCCUAAAUUUAAGUGUUCAAGUAAAUAUAGCAAAAUAGACUGACGUAGAUAAUUUACUUAAGAAACAUUUUGACAAUGAUUAAAUAAAUGUACUAUAAGACUGUUAUUAAAGAUGACGAACAAAAUAAUGAGCAAGAAAAUUAAUCAGAUUUCGUAGAUAUAAAUGAAGAGGGAGCAAAAUUUUCUUAAAAAAAAAUUGUUAUUUUGGUUGUCAAAUUAUCUUGUAAUUAUGUUUUUAAGAUAAAAAAAAGUUUAAAAGUUUAAUUUUAUAUUGUUAGUUUUUUAAUUUCAAAAAGUUUAUGUUGUUGUGAAUUAUUAUUUUUCCAAGUUAUAAAAAGUUAAAAAGUUAUUUUAGUUACAUAAGACAACUUUUAAAAGUUGAUAAUAAAGUUCAGAAGUUAUUUUAUAUUAGAUUUUUUAAUUUCUAAAGAGCUUAUGUUAUUUUUCCAAGUUGUUUAAGUUUGAACUUACAAUAGUUAAAAAUUAUCAAGUUCAAAAUUACGUUUAUUUAUUUUAAAAGUGAGUAAGUAAAUCUAUAUUUUAGUUGCAAAAAGGAGUAUGUACAAAUUUAAAAUUUUCUUUUAUUUGAAACCAUUUAUCUACGAUUUCUAUAGUCCACAGAAAAUUAAAAUUCAUUAUAUGUAUGUAUUUGUUGAAAACAAAUCGGUGAGUUUUUUGAAUCAUUAAAAAAAUAACAGUUUUUUGCUUGUACCGAAAAAUUUCUUUGUUUGUACGUAAGACCUUUUGCAAUUGGGUGACUCAAUUGUCCUUAGAGUUUUCAAACAACUCCGCCCUAUCCCUUAUGCAUUAUGACUACAUCGUAGUGAUAUAAUAGAUUAAUGAUUGAUAAAAAUUAUAUUGAUAAAACGGAAGUUGAAAAAAUUAAAUACCUAUGCUAAUAUAAAAAAUAAUUCACUAUCUUUAGGUACUAACCAAAUGUGUUUUUAGAACUGUCCAUUUCAAUUUAGUAUUACCCAUAUUGUUUAGAAUUACCCUUUAGCGAAAGCUGUGCAAUGGAGAAGACAUUUAUGUAGAGAAAAAUUAAAUUUUUAUCUGUACUAGAAAAAAAUUAAUCAAUUUGAUCACUUUUCGAAAUUUUCAAGUAGCCGAUUUUCAAACGAUAUUCAGGUAAUAAAAAUUGCAACGCACCAUACAUACAUAAUAGAUGGAUAGUUUCUUAGCUGUUUUAAUUUCCAGAAAACUUCAAGAGGUAAUUUCAAAAGUUAACUCCCAAACCCCCCCCCCCCCAAAAAAAAAGGGUAUCUAAAAAUUUCAAACCCACAUAUAAAUUUAUAUUACACUAUUUAAUGAAAAUUUUUCAUCAUACAAUAUUCCCUAUUUUAUAUAUUUAUUGGAGAAAGUCGCUGUAACAUAAAAUUCUGUACACACUUUAUAUACUUCUUAUAUAUAUAUAUAAGAAUAAUAUUUUUGUUUUGACAAAAAUAAUUUUCGUGACAAUUCGGACAAGCAGGUGCCCCCAUUGAGAAACAAUAACACACGCGACUGUACGGCAUGUGCAGCUGACUGUUUUUAUGGUCGUCGAAAGACAGGAGGAGAAAAAUAACCAUUACACGUGAUUUUUUGACAGUCUUUUGUUAAGGUCCGCAUACACUCGUCUUGAACAACACGACUGCUGGCAGUUUCCCGUGUGCUGUCGUGUAUCCACUUUUGUUUCUGUCAUUAUUUUGACGACGAUAAAAUUAUAUAGUAUUCACACCAGUCGUGGCACGGUUGAAUUCGAAAAUUCGAGGUUUUUAAUAAGAAUGCCUGUUUUUUUUUUCUUCUUUACUUACUCCAGCUGUGCUCCGUACGAACAUACGUAAUGGAUACAACUGAAUACAACACAGUAAAAUGAAUACUAUAUGCAUUGUCUACGCAAUUUUUUAUCAACAUCUUAUUAUCAUUAUAUUAUAACUAUAGCUGAGAUAUAAAUGUAAAUACAUAUUUUUAAUAUAACUCGAUAACUUAAUUUAGGCAAGAGCUAAGUUCGUUUCAAAUUAUUUCAGUUGCGUAUUUGAGGGGGGGAGGCUUUAGGGGUGAUCGCCCUCUCAAUUAAUUCGUGUAGAUAUUUGCUAUAUAAAUAUAUAAAAAAAUGUAAUAUUGCUAGAAAAGUGUCUUCAGACACAAAAAUAAAACACUUCAUGGUCAAAUAAAUAGAUUAGAAUAGGUAUAAGCAUGUGUGUAAUAAUUUUAGUGUUGACUCCCCCAUCCCCCCUAUAAUACUAAGUCAAAUACGCCAUUGAAUUAUUUCUAAUAAACUAAAUCAUAAUAUUGAUAUUAUAUAUUUAUACAUAUUUCGCCGUAAGAAAAAUGUUUUUUAAUAGUUCUAGUCUAUGAUUCAUACUUAGACAAGUUUGUUAACUAAGACAAACUUAUCGUAAUUUCGUGUUUCCACAAAGUGCGCGUGCAUAAUAAUAGCGUUCACUAAAUCUAAUCGAAUACGUGUCGAUACGGGUAAGGUGAUAGAGUUUUAUGACCCACACAAUCUCAAUGAAAUUAUCCGCGAUAAUGAUAUGUUCAAACCGCAUUCGGUGUACUGACAGCGAGUCUGAGAGCUAACGAGCGUGUUGUUUUGUUUAGCGCAGUAUUCGCAGCAAGUAUCGUGUGCAGACAUGCAGUUUUAAAUCACGCCGAAAGUACGAGUAUCUAAUAGUAGUAGAAAAACUAACGAGUAUUUAUACGAAUUUCCGGACGAAAAUUUUUAAAACGAUGCUGAUGUUAUUGUAUUACGCGUAAAUCCGUUAAAAUUGAACAACAUUUUUUAGUAUUACGAGUAUAACAUAUUAUGUAUAGGGACCAGCAAAGACGAAGAGAAUAGAAUAAGAAAGCAAAAAUUCAAACGGCAGUGUUUGACUCCGGUCACUUCUUUGGGUUCUACAAAAUCGUCAUUUCAUUUCGAUCUUUACCAUGCGGAUUCACUUUUAAUCAUGACGAUCAUUGGCGUGUUUACGCGUGUGGUAAGUAAAAAAGUUGUUAAGUUAAAAAGUUAAAAAGUUGUACCUAUUAAAUUUAUUGAAGUCGAGUGUUCAUUUUCGGUACAAAUCUUUAUUACGGUCAAAUCGUAAAGCAUUUAAUUACGAACAUUUGAGUAUGCUCAAUAUAUUUGGUAUCUCGUUUCAAUCAAAGUCUAUAAUAAAUGUUAGAUCAUUAAAUAAUGUAUUUGUUUUGUAUAAACUUUCACAUUUUCGUUUUUUUUUUUUUUUUUAAACAGGUACAUAUACAUAUUUUGGUUAUUUUAAGUAACUAUACAUAUAUUUCUGAGCCCUAAUUAUAAUACACUUAUUGGCCCUAAUGUCGGUACAUAAUUGAGUUUCACCGCGGGUAGGCUACUGUAAUAGUCGGAGAGAACCCAAAUUUUCUUAUUAAUGACGGUGCAAAGACUUGAGGGUGAGGCCCGAACCGUUGUACGUCUUAUUGCAAGCUUUGCUAUAGAGAACAAUGCAAAAUUAGAUUUCCCUGUCACCCUAUUCAGUCGGAGGUAUUCCAGCGGGGGUUCGGAAAAAGAAGCAAGUGCAAAAAUAUCAACGGAAAAAAGCAGAAAGUGGUAA